UUUGAAAAGAUUUUUUGUUUUAACAAUAACUUUCUUAGUAUCAAGUAUCUUCCAUAUAAUUGAUCCCCUUGUAAUUGUAUAGCGAAGUGCUAAGAAUGUUUUGUAUCACAACAGUGCUUUUAACAAGAUUACACGUAUUUAUAAGGUUUCCGUAGUCGCAGCGGUAUGUCUGGGUCGUAAAAUCAAUUUCGUAAUUUAAUAUUAUAAGCCUGUCUAAUUUUCGUGAAUAUAUAAACAGAUUUUCAUUAUAAGAUUACUUGGAGAAUUGUGUCGUCCUAAAAUUGGGAUAGAAUAGUGGGUUUAAAUGGAACGUGAAUUCGACUGUAAUUUAUUUCUUAAUGAUAAUCGUUGGUAUGCUGAUCAUCGUUAAGUGUAUUUCAACGAACACAGUGGAACGUCGUUCUACAGAAAAAAAAUUGAAUCAAUUUAGAAAUUCGAGAAUCUCUUAUAGAAUACAGGCACACUUGCCGAUUGAUUACGUCACUUCCAGGCGUGGUACAGUGAAAUGUGUGAUAUGCGUGUGUUACUGAAAAUGGCCGUGUACGUACGGGUCCGUCUAGUUUGCUGAUUUUACGAUACUUUUCACGUUCCUUUGGACGUUUCAGUUCGGACGGUGAAAUUUUCGAUGGUAUGCGCAGUUCGUGAUAUCGUGCAGUACGGGAAGUUUAGUCGACGGUCACAAACCGAGACGGUGUGUGCCCAUUUCGUCAACGGUGGAUCAUUAAGAGAGAAGCGUUCGUAAUUUCAGUAAAAUAUAUUGAAAGUAAAAGUAAAAGAUUAUUAAUAAUGGGUUUCCCUAUGUGCAUUAUUAUUUACAUAAAUAAUCUACCUAUUCAUUAGUGUAUAUUGACUAUAUGUUAUCAAAAUGUGGGAGAGGUUUGAUACAAUCCCCUGGUAUAAAACAGGGAAAUAAACAAAAAACUUGUCCUUAAAACAUUUUCUAUUUCAUUAGAAAAUGUAUUAAUAUAAUGGAGUGUAUAUAAGAGUUUAUGUAAGAAGAUAUGCACAUUAUACAACUGUUUUUCUAUUACAAUAAAUUAUUGGAUAACUGCAUGAGAUUUAUAUCCAGAUGCAGCGUUAAGAUACACGUUUGUUGCUAAUGAUAAAUGUCAUUGAGUCUUUUGACAUGAUGUAAUAAGAAGUGUAACUUUUAUACAUGUGUACAUAUUGAAUAAGUAUCGCAAAAAUGUCAUUCUUAUCGAAUCUAAAGAAGGCAUUCCACUUCGGUGGAAAUGACGCCAAGAAAAAGAAAUUGUAUAAUAAUAUUAAAAUGGACUGUAACCCAGAAGAAUUCUGGGAAAUGAUAGGAGAACUGGGAGAUGGAGCAUUUGGGAAAGUUUAUAAGGCACAGCACAGGCAGACUCAUCAGCUUGCCGCUGCAAAAAUGUGUGCCCUAGAGGGAGAGGAUGAUCUCAGUGAUUUUAUGAUUGAAAUAGAUAUUUUAUCUGAGUGCAAACAUUCGAAUGUUGUUGAAUUACACGAGGCGUAUUUUAUUGAGGGCAAAUUAUGGAUGUUGAUAGAGUAUUGUGAUGGAGGUGCUGUUGAUUCCAUAAUGGUUGAGUUAGCGAAAGCUUUAACAGAACCGCAAAUAGCUUACAUAUGUCAAUAUAUGACCAAAGGUCUUGCAUUUCUACACAAAUCUAAAGUCAUUCACAGGGAUUUGAAGGCAGGAAAUGUUUUGUUAACAAUGGCUGGUGGAGUGAAAUUAGCCGACUUCGGAGUGUCUGCAAAAAAUAAACAUACCUUACAAAAGCACGACACGUUCAUUGGAACACCAUAUUGGAUGGCUCCAGAAGUAGUGUUAUGCGAAACGUUCAGAGAUAAUCCUUAUGAUUUUAAGGUAGACAUUUGGUCGCUUGGCAUUACUUUAAUAGAGUUUGCCCAAAUGGAACCGCCGAAUCAUGAAAUGUCACCGAUGCGUGUCCUACUUAAGAUACAAAAGAGCGAUCCACCAAAACUUGAUCAGCCUGGAAAGUGGAGCAAAGAAUUCAACGAUUUCAUCGCAAAGGCCCUUAUAAAGGAUCCAACGUCGCGACCUACAGCAGAAGAUCUAUUGAAACAUCCUUUCAUAAGUCGUAAUUUGGAUUCGAAGCCGGUCAGGGAUUUGUUAUUGGAGUACAAAGCCGACGUCGUUGAAGAAGAAUUGGUUGACGAAGAAACAGAGAAGGCCAAAAAGGCGAAAAAACACAGAGAACAAUAUCAACGGAUUGGCUGUGCAUGCGGCUCUCCUGGGCCUCGCCAGCCCCAUCACCCCUGCGUUUGUCAGGAGCAACGCACGUCACAGCUUCCUCUGGAGCUGGAUCAACUCGGAGAUGACUCUGCAUCUAUGCGCAGUGACGCUGAUGUUAAGAUUUCUGAAAAGGAAAAUCUUGUGGCAUCACCCGUGUCUGCGAAAAAAGAAGAAAGCAAUAAACGAGAGAUUAAUAGAGAAGGUGAAAAGGAGGACAGGAACAAGAAAUUACGUAAAGCAGAAUCAAAAGACAACAUACCCGUUUCUGUUGAGAAGAAACAAGCACCGAAACCUCCUAGUACAAAUGAAUCGAGCGAACGUAGAAUAUCUCGAGAAAAAGGCCCGGCACCUCUUCCACCGCCCCUUAUACGUCAAAAUAGCAAAACCGAAGAUAAAGAAAAUAUUCCGAAGAUCGCAGACAAACAGAGUGAUGUAGAGGCGUUAGAUGAAUCCAAGGUUAGCGAUAAACAGCAACGAGAUAGAAAUCAAUCGUUGCAAUCGGCCCAGGAAAUGGUGGACAAGGAACAGGCAAAUCCAGAUGUAACUUGCGAGAAGCCGAACGUAUUAAGUAGUUUAGAGAAAAAUGUAUCUGAAAGUAACGAAAGAGAGAGAAACAAGCUAGGCGAAUCCAAUAAAGACGUUAAACAGCAGUUGGUAGAUAGUAAAGUAAAUUCAUCGUUGAGACCGCAGUUAACAUUAGAAGAAAAGAGAAAAUCUGCUCCUGUUAAAACAGAAUUGACCGAAGACUGGACGAAACCAGUGUUCAACAAGCAGUCAUCCUUAGAGGAGAAGAGCAGAGUAUAUAAUUUCAGAAAUGAGAAGAAAACACCGAUCGAAUUACAAUCUAAGAAACAAUCCGUGAUAGAAGAGAAUUACAAGAGUUUACAAGAGAAGAGAAAAUCGGUAGAGGAUAAACUGAACGCGGUUCUGGAGAAACGAUUCUCGAUGGACACUGAAAUGCGUAUGAGUGUGUCUUCCAUGGAGACAUUGUCUCAUCGAGAAGUUUCAAUGGGUACCCCACCUGAAAAGAAUAUUGUGAAAGCUUGUUCUACCGAAGACGUUAAAACAGAUUAUGGAAAAUCUAAGCCUGAAUCUGUCGUUAAAAGUCAUAGUGAGGGAUCUUCUAGAUACGUUUCGUUAGAGAACUUCAACGAUGAAUUCGAUGGGAAACGUGAGAAGAAAAAGUGGCCAAGUAGAGAAUACAAUUAUGAGAAUACGGUGAAUACCGAAAGUGAAAAGAGAGGUUCAGCGGUGAACGUAUCGGUAAUCACGUCAACUCCGAUUAGAAGUAGAAGUAUUACGAGGAGAGGCAGCGGUGACAACGUAGUCGUCAUCACUGGUAAAUCCGACCAAGAAAUACGUCCAAACACGUCUACCGUCCGGAUCACAGCAGAAAGUCCAGAUUUAUCUAAUAGUCUUGCAAGCAAUGUGAGCCAAGUAACAGUGGUAACAACUCAUCCUCCGGUUCUCGUCGACGCUGUGUCACCGGCUGCCGCGUCCCUCCCUUGUCGUCCGUCACCGACGUCCGAAGUCGUGAUCGUUGCAAACGAAUUGAACAGGACGCAAGUGAACGAAAAUUCGGCCGACGAUGAUGGAUUCCCCAGCUUGGACAGUUUGGAAUAUACUCCACAGGAACAACCUAUAAUUCUCACCGACGUCUCAAAGAGAGUCGGCAAGAAACUGGACGAAUCAGAGGUUCUUAUUGUAAGUCCGAUCGUGGACGAAUUACAGGAUACUAGUCACGUUUCCGUCGUUACUGUCGGUGACGACAAGCAGCGAGUCAAAAACUCUUCGGUACUUAAUAAACACGAGGCCGCACGAACUUGUUCGUCUCACAGCGAUGGAAGUCUGAUUGAGAGAUCAAGUACGAAGAGCGACAGUGGAGAUGAAAUAAACAAAAUGAUAGUCGCUGGAACGACUGUAGAGUCCGUGGAUAUCGACAAUAUGGAUAAAAACUCGAGGAAGAUGAACGGUAUGUUGAAGAAUGACAAGACCAGGGUCGUUGGACGCAUCGACGAGAAAGUCUUGAAACCGAUCAAACAGAAGGAGACUGGUAAAGAGUAUAAGGAGAAGAGAGUGUCUCCCGAUAGCUUCGAAGGAUCUAGGUCUCAGAGUGAAUCCGGAUCGACGAGAUCACACACCCCGAGUAAGAGCAUCGACCGUUCCGACGCGGAAUCAAUUUCGACGACGAUUAGUCAGGACAGCAGGGAAUCCAGCAAAGAAAAUCGUCUGAUUCAGGGGCAAACGACGGAGGGUGAAGAGGAAGUGGUGCUACGACGAAAACCGGAUUACAAUCGCGACAUGCAACGACAGGCGAAAACGAAGGAAGACAUUCAGAUGAUGAAUCUGAAGAAAAAGACGAGGAAACGAACCAGAAAGUUUGAGAUCGAUGGCGUUGUAGUUACCACGACAACGUCAAAGGUAAUCUACGGCGACGAUGAGAACGGCAAAGUCUACGACGAUCAGAUCUUCAGGAAGCAAGAGCUAAGGGAAUUGAAAAUGCUGCAGAAGAUGGAACAGAAACAGUUUCAAGAUUUGUCGCAGAAGGCACAGUUCAACAAGGAUCAGCAGGAGAAACGUUUCGAACAAGAAAGACAGCUCUUAGAACGGAAUGCAGAAGCAGAUUUGGAAACACUUGCUCGGCAACAGAGACAGCAGAUCGAGCGAGCCGAGGCGCAACAGGAAGCCGAUCUUAGACUCGCCUCGAAAAAAAUACGUAGCGAGCAGGAAAGAGACCUGAAACAGUUCCGCGAAGGUUUGAAGCAAGAACUCAGACUGCUUAAGCAGGAGGUAGAUCUAAUGCCGAAAGACAAGAGAAAGAGUGCGUUUAAGAUUCGUAAAGAGAAAUUGGAGACCGAACACGAGGAGAGGGAGAAGCACUUCUUGGAUAAGCUUAACGAAAGCCACGAAUUAUCGUUGAGAAGAUUAUCUGACAGUCAUCGCGAAAAGAUCGCCCUGAUGGAGAGACAGUUCCUGCAGCAGAAACAACAAUUGAUGAGAGCCCGAGAGGCGGCCAUUUGGGAGCAAGAGGAACGGCAUAUACACGAGAAGCAGCAACUGUUGAAAAAACAGCUGAAGGAUAUUUUCUUCUUGCAAAGACAUCAAAUGCUGAUUCGCCAUGAGAAGGAAUUGGAGCAGAUGAAGCGAAUGAAUCAGCGAAAGGAGGAGGAGUUGAUAAAACGACAGACGGUCGAACGUAGAAAUUUGCCGAAGAGAAUUCGCAACGAAAUGAAAGCGCGGGAGAUGAUGUUCAGGGAAUCGAUGAGAAUUUCGAUGUCGUCGGUUAUCGCUCCUGAUCCCGACGCCGAGAGGGAGAAAUUGAAAAAUUUCCAGGAGAACGAGAAGAAACGAUAUAGAGCCGAACAACAGAGAUUCGAGUUGAAACAUUCACGCCAGUUGGAGGAGGUAAGAGCGCAAAGCGACGCCACGAUCAAGGAGCUGGAGCAAUUGCAGAAUGAGAAGAGAAAGAUGUUGAUGGAGCACGAGACUCUUAAGUUAAAGGAAUUGGAAGAGGCGUAUAGUAAGGAGCUCCGCGAAUGGAAGGCGCAACUCAAGCCUCGAAAGCAGAGAGACUACUUAAUUUGUAACACGCACAAGUGGUCGCAACUCUUGGGAAUCUUUAAAAAGCCAAGCCAAAAACUAGAGGAGCAGUUCGCAUUACAAUUAGAAGAACAAGAGGCUAUUUACGGGCCAAGCGCGAUACCACUAUGCUUGCCAGCAGAUCUUCCGGAUUUGACGCAUCACACGGUCGGUUCUACUCGAAGUUCGCUGUCUUCCGUAAGCGAGGGUUAAUCGAGUCAUUGUUGAAACAAUCUGAAGUAAGAAUGACGAUAUGAACAGCGUAACAGAGCCGCAGAUAUCGAGGUAAUUCGAAAGUCGAACUGGGAGUUGUUUACAGGAUUGCUCGUUCGAUCGUUCGAAUUCGUGUAAAAGGCUUUAGUUAUAAAGGAAAACGAUCGACAACGUAAGGUAUGAUGAACGCAUAGGGUGCGAUUGUUCGGCGCAUGGAAUUUUGUUCUUCACUUUCAUGGAAUUCAAAUGAUCUAUUCAUGAACCGAUGUUGCAAUGACCGGGCAACAACACCGCCGUCAAGCCUCUCGAGGAAGAGAAGAAAAAGAACACACAAAAGUCAGUUUUUCUUACUUACUAAAGUAUAUUUUGCAUGUAAAAUACGAAUUGUUACAUACAAGAUGUGUAAUGAAUUUCUUACGACGAUCUUAUUAAAAAUAUAUCGCUUGGUACAAUCCAUAAAAUCCGCCCGAUGAACGUUCCGCCCGAGAACAAAACUGGAGGAACAAAAAAUCUUGUUCUCACGAGAUUGUCUUGGCGGCCUACUGUACGCACGAUCACACGUGAUCCUACGAUAAGUAAAGUUUUUUUUACAUCAUAUACAAGCGUGUAUAUCGAAUUAUCAUCGUCAAUUCGACUGAGGACUUUAUCAUACGAUCGGAAGUAAACGAUCUUCAGUGUGUUCGUAAAACGACGAGCAAUUUUAUACAUACGUGUGUACGUAAUGCACACGUGGGAAGAGUAUAUUUUCGAUUGUGCGAUGUAUGUACAUGUACAGUAUACAUAGAAUUCAGCUAUGCUUGUUCUAUUCAGUGCCCCGAGGGACAUGUAUUCGUCGGUUUUUAAAUAACCGAUCGGCGAACAAAUAUCGUAGAUGAUAAUUGUGCGCAUGUUUUUAAACGGAUGCACAUGAAGUUCAGGUACGUCGUUGGAAUCAGAAUGGUUCAGGGCGUCGAUGUAUUUGAGCUAGCGUCCAAUGCCUAAUGCAAAUCUAAAAGCAUUUUGCUCCGAAGCAAAACGUUUUUAGGUCUUUACUUGGGUGUUAUUCGCCGCGUCUUGAUUAUUAGGCUGUUUAACGAGUUUUAUCGUUUGUAAAGAAAAUGCUAAAUUUCCACUGAUGAUUGAUAUAAAGAUCGUUUUUUAUCGAGAUUACGGAUACUAUAUUUUUAGUAAGUAAACAUUCAGCACUACGAAUCAAAGGUUCACGCCAAAUAUACAUACAUACACAUACCUAUAUAAAAUGUUACGAUCGCUUUUGCUGCGCGUCCGAUAUACUUAUCUAUACAGUCCGACGACGUUGUGUAAAGAAUCUCGUUGACGCGCGUUCGAUACGAUCGUGUGCGGCUGAAGCUGCAACGCGUUCUAAGUAGAUGUAAAAAAGCAUAUUUGUAUAAAAUAUUUCCGUUUGAUUCCCUUCUUCUUCUAUCCCCCCUUCGUUUCUAUGGAUUGUACAGUACAUAAAUUUUUAUUACUUCACGUUAAUUAGUCCGAACGUGUUUAUAUAUUCGUCGAAUAAUCAAUUUUGUAUAUGUACAUAGAGAAAUCAGGACGAAUUGUUUAUCAUAUAUUUUUAAUAACUCUACUUCCUUACGCGAGUUUUGGAAAAUAAUUAAUCUGCCCAAUGGGCAUAAAAUCCGUAUCAGUAAAAUGUUUUUUAACUUGAAGGAAACUUGACCACUUCACCUUCUUUGGUCAAUUUUCGUUCGAGUUCUGGAUCAAAUACGACGAACUCAAGAUAAUUGAAUAAGACACGAUUACCGUAGUUAUUCGUAUAAUUAAAAAGGAAUGGAGCGUGUUUGCCAAAGCUUAUGUAAAAGACGUACGAGGCACGAUACGACUAAAAAGAUAUUAUUAUGCUCCUUUUACUGCCCUUUGUCGAAUUCGCGUAGCGAUUGCCGUAAAAGAAAUACUCGUUAACUGUGCCUGUUGGAUCCCAAUCUGUCCAUAGUUUUACGUUUUUCUAUUCGAUGCAUCAGAUGUUCUUCGGAAAAUAAACAGGGAUCGAUUAGAUACGUAGAUCUGGAAAUUCAAACAUUUAAUUUUCGAAUGAAUUUUAUGAUCCGUAAUAUUUUAAGUAAUUAAGCAUGUUCGCAUUAUACGCGAAGAACGAACAAAUGGGGGAAGAGAAGAAUGAAAGCUAUUAGCGAUAGCCGUAACUGCAACUUUUGAUAAACCGAUCGUGUGCGUUGUAUAUUUAAAGCGUGAAGUAAUGCAAAGAGGAAAGUUAUCUGGCGAGUCGAAUUAAUUGUACAGAUAGUCAACGUUAGCGUUAUCCUUCUCCUUUUCUUAUUUCGCUGAACAUACCUUCGGGUUUUUUAUUCUUGUACGUACAGUAUUCGAGCAGACGAAGUCGUUCAUCAUCUUUCUUUCCAAUGUAUACCCGAUUAUAAUGAUUUGGUUUUCGUACUCUACGUUCAACGCUGAAUCAUAAUUAGGCGUGUAUUCAUACAUAGAUAUACAUAUGAAAGAUCAAUAGACUGACAAUGAAAACGAGUAAAAGAAUGGAGGGAAAAUCGAGAGAUUAUUGUUGAAAUAUUUGUUGGAAUGUUCAUGUUAAUAUUGUUUUCAUUGAAUUCUCAUAAUUUGUUACUUAUGUCGUUGGUGACGAAGUUCAACGAAAUACGAUCUUUCAAACAGAUACAUGGCUAUAUUGAACUAUUAUCUUUUGGCUUAACAAAAUGUAUUAACUUCGUAAAUGUUUAUCGACGUUUUAUAUACAUAUCUCUUUGUUUGGAAGUAAUCAAUUCCCCACUGUACCUUAUUGUGUGUGUUCGAUUGACUUUUACCUACGCAAUCUUGUACUUGUUCGCAUUAGGGGUCGACUUUAUAAUUUACAUAGUUGUAUUAAAUUUACAUUAUGGAUUAAUAAUUAAGUUUCUUUUUAUCGAUUUCACGGAUAAUCUAACGAGGGUUGGAGCGUUCGAGUGUACUAUCAAUAUCAGAGGUGCGAAAGAAUUUAUCGAGUUAGAAACAUAACUCUUGUAUGUUGCAUAUACGUACUACGGACUUCCAUUAUGCACCAAUUAUUUAUCGCUUUGUUUUUCCCUUUGUCACAAUCUCGCCGCCUCUUUAGAUAAUCAGAAUUCAUGGCGCUAAACUUGAUUGAUUUCCCGUUAAAUUAAUGUCGACACCAAUUGUUUUUUAACGUUUUAGUUAAUAUUUGCGUGUUUCCUUUGAUAUACGAAUAGAAAGUAUUUUUACAUGGUAGAUAGAACUGCAAAGCAGUUUACUUAAAAAUGGAUUUUAUGUACGAGAUGUCUGUCGAAUGUUUGCCAAGGGGAAAGAAACAAUUCUUAAUGCGGUAAGAGUAAAUCCGUUUAUUUGAUAGUACGACGUCGACUGAAAACCGUGCGUAGAGAUAUAACACAGAGCUGUAAGAUAGAUUCUUUAUAAUUAAUUGCUCAAUAAUAGAUACGAUUAAAUUUAA